UUGUAUAAAGGGGGUCUCUCCAUGUUGCCCAGGCUGCUCUCCAAUUCCUGGGCUCAAGCAAUCCUCCUGCCUCAACCUCCCAAAGUGCGGGGAUUACAGGUGUGAACUACCAUGCCUGGCUGGGCAUUUUUCUUGACUCGUCUAUUUCACGGCUUCCUGCAGGACUAUAAGAGCCAAUGUCUCAUGCAUCAUGCACCGCUUGAAAGAAAACUUCUCUGUAAGGAAUCAAGGGGAAGGAGGAGCCUCUAGGUGGCCCUGCCCUCUCCAGCCCACCCAGAUCCUCCCACCAUCACUGAGUUUCAGAGUGCCUGAUACAAAAGGAAGUGCUAUCAGGAACACCAACACAGUGCCAUCUUCCCUUUUGAGUAGUGUUUCUUGAUGUUUCUCAUUACAAAACGAUUCACUGUAGAAAACGAAUGCAGGCUUACAGAAGACAUUUUAAAUCCUCUAUUAUCCUGCAGCCCAGAGAUAACCACAGCUAAUAUUUGCAUGUACUCUUCCAAUCUUUUUUCCAUGCAUGCAUAUGAAUUAGAUAUUAGAAUGAGAAGUUUCAUAAUGUACACAGGAUUUGGUGUCCUAGUCUUAUUUACUUAGCAUUAAAUCAUUAGCAUUUUUCUAUAUGAUCAAAUAGUUUUUGAGAAUAUUAUUUCUAAGGCUACAUACCAUUCUGUGCUAACUCAUGUAUUUGACCACUCCAUAUGGUUUGACGUUGGAGUCGAGUCUACUCCAACCAAGACUGCUCUUCCUCCUCCCCUUCCUCUUUCCUCUGGCCCAUUCUCCUCCUGGUCCCCAUCACCGAUCACCCUCCUGCCCAUAGGCACAUGCCAGGCAGAAUGGGAGCCACAGGGCAAGAUGCCACCCUUGCCCUGGACAGGCUGCCUGUCCAUUUGAGGCAUGUGACAAUUCCCCCAUGAGAAAGCAUCUGCACUCCCAGAAAUAGAAGCCACAGUUCAUAUGGGGAUCCAGGAGGUAGAGGUGGGACAAGGCAUUUCCAGAUGGGGCUGAAUGGCCCAUCCAAAAAGACCUUGGAGCAUUCACCACGUGCCAGGGCCAUGGGCACACCAGUGAGCAAUGCAGCCAACUAGGGUUCAGCACCAGGGCUGCGGUCAGAAACAGCCAGCACCCAGAAGGAUGCUGCAUCCCCAAGUCCAGAGUGAGGCUUCUGCCUGCAAACAUGGUUCCUGCCCUUCGGGAGCCUACUGCCUCAGAGGGAGACAGGCACCAAUCAAAUAACCUCACAGGUAAACUUGGAAUUAUAACUGGUCCAUGAAAGAGAUAAGGCAGGGGGCUGCCAGCACCUGUAACCUGGGGUUCCCUUGGGAGGCAGAGCUGCAGCAGCGCGUGGGGAGGAGCAGGUGUACAGAGGGACUGGAAGAGCAUCUGUCUGGGGAGCAAGGGUCCAGGCAAGACAAGGCCCUAGAGAUGGACAGAGGCCAACCAGGCCCCUGCAGCCAAGCUAGCUCUUAAUCCUCAGAGGACUGGGGGCUGUUGAAGGCCUUUAAGCAGAAGUAGCUGAGAUUGGACUUCCAUUCUUAAGUUUCCCCUGCUUGUGGAGGAGUAACUGGCUUGGGAGGCGCUGAGAGUGGGUAAAGGGAGAUCAGUAAGGAGACUGCGUGCACGCUUGGAGCCGGGUGGCAGGUCCCAGAACUGGGUAGGGCAAGCUGCUGGCGGCUUGGGUAGGGACAGUGGCAGGGGGCAGGAAGAAGGAAGGUAUGAUGUUUAGGAGCUGGAAUCAGAAGAUCUGGAUCAACUCCGUGACUCUCCAAAAGACGCCUGUUAAUACACCCGCUGGCUUAGGACCCUUGCCUUAUUGGCAUGACUAGGUCUGUACUGGCAAGAUGUCUCCUUAGACGACGCCCCUUACAGGACCUUCCAGUGAAGGUCAGAAAAGAAGGGAGUAGGUCAGGACUGGAUGCGGAGUUGCAGUGAAGGACACGGGCACCAGAGGGCAGCACGAGGGUCUCGGGCCCCUGCAGGGGCUAAGGCCCCACAGAAGGCCCCGCCAGCCGUGCACCUGCCUGGAGCCUGCGCCAGUCACUUUGCAGCCCCACCACCGCUCAGCUUCGCGUCUGCCCAUGGAGACGGCGCCUGCGCGCACGCCCAGGGCUGUCGUAAGAAUGGCAGAUUGGAGAGCUUUGAAAGACGCUUCCAGCCCCGGGCAUCUAGGAAAGGUGCUUGGUGAGGUCUGGGGUAAGAGACUCUCAUGGAGUAACCAGCCUUGGGGCCUCCGGUGUUCGGCCUGCGCCCCUCGUCAGAGGCUGGGACUGGUCCUGAAGACCCGCGGGCCGGGCAGCUCGGGCUGCUGUCCUGCGUGUGCCUUAGGGUUUGCAGCUCUGGGCUUUGAUGGAGCAGAGACUGGGUCUUAGAAUCUAAGGAGAGCCAGAGGUGGCCGAUGCCGCGCCCCUGGCGGGACAGGCACCCUGUGGUUAGUGGGGCAAACGCUCAGGUCUCUGCGCCUCAAUUUCCUCAUCUGGCAGCCAGAUACCUACACGUCGGGGGGUGUUGCCCCCAGUAGGCGCUCGGGAGCAGUCGUGGCCGCUGGUCCUAUGAACUCCAGCCGUGUGUAGGCGGGUGAGGCCGUGGGCUUGGGGUCCCCUUGCCGCCUCCAUGCGGACAAACUGCUGACAGUGGCGCAGCCACGUUGCCACAAUUGGGGGAAACUGCCUUGGUUUCGGGUUUAAUGAGAAAAUGGAUGUUUGGGUUUGGUUUCAUCUGGGGUUUGGCAAAGGCGUGCAGUUCGUCUCCACUGGCGGGAGCCGCCCGGGCCGGAGAACCGACGGGGCGCUAGGACCCUGGGCGCUCUCGGACCCGGGGCGAGAACGCCAGGCCGGGAUCGCGGUGAAAGGCUCGCGGCUGAGAGCUCGGGCGUCGCCAGGCAACCGCCCUGACGCAACGCACGGGGAAAAAAAAAAGUCCUUUCCGAAAGGAGCAGCACCGAGAAUUCACCGGAGCUCGGAGAGGCGAGGCGGUAGCGCCGAGCUGAGGCCAGGCCGGAGCCGGGCAGCGCGGACCCGCCCAGGAGGAGGCAGCGGGGAUCCCGGCGAGUCCCCAGCAGGGCCCCUGGGCGCUCGGAAGACGGAGAUGCGGCUGCAGGACCAGCAGCUGGCCAGACAGCUCAUGCGCCUGCGCAGCGACAUCAACAAGCUGAAAAUCGAGCACACCUGCCGCCUCCACAGGAGGAUGCUCAACGACGCCACCUACGAGCUGGAGGAGCGGGACGAGCUGGCCGACCUCUUCUGCGACUCCCCUCUUGCCUCCUCCUUCAGCCUCUCCACUCCACUCAAGCUCAUUGGUGUGACCAAGAUGAACAUCAAUUCUCGGAGGUUCUCUCUCUGCUGAGGAGCCCUCAGACUAGGCAGAGGGGCUGGAGCGGAGGGCUUGGGCUGGAGGGUGUUGGAGGAAGCUGAGGCCAAGUUACUCCAGUGGGUCUCCCAGAGGCAGGGGUCCCUGGGACUGGCGACUCAAGGGCCCCAGGACCUAUUCAGUGGUGCUCUCCCAGGGAUCCUGCGUGUGGGUGCCAGUGUCUCUGUGACUGGCUCUUGCUUAAUUCCCAAAGAGCUCUGCAGAAGGGCUGCUCCAACCAGAUGUUAAAUGAGACCUGGGUUCCCACCAUAACCCAUCCCUCCAUGGUCACGUUCCUGUUUCCUGGAAUCACUGGUGCUAUGAACUGGGAUUCCCAAAGGGAGGCUACCCCAGAAAGCUGUCAUUCUUGCAGAAGGCUCUCCCACAAGGGUCUUGGGGAAAUUAGAUAUGUCACAUGUGCCUGUCUCACAUGCUGUUGCUGUCCUCUAAGUAUUGUCUCAAAUUCACCCUAAGUACAUGACUCAGCAACAUUGACAGGGACCUACUAGGAAAGGAAAAUCGAAAGGCAUGACAAAUGGGCGCUUGGAGAUGCAGCCCCGAUGGCUGGCAGCCAGUCUCUUGUGAGCCUGAGGCCCAGGCUGCUGUCGGUCUCCCUCCCUGGCACUACAAGGCUGUGUAAAUUGUCAAUUCUGGCGUGUGCUGGGACAUGUGAUGGGGGCACUAGCGUAGCUUGGGUGCAACAAGCACAGAUGUCCCCAUUGUCUCCCCUGGCCACGUGCAUCUCCAAAGAGCCUCUUCACUGCCACCCACACCCCAGGGUGACAGCCUAGGAGACCACUGGUGACUAAACCAGGCAGGUCCUGAAUGCAUUUUCCAUAACUGAAUUCUCCUGGAGGGGCGUGACCAGGGCCUCCUGGUGGAUUCUGGUGGUGUCACCUUACUGCCCUCUCCAGAAAGACGAUCGAGGGAGCCCAGAGGCCCAUCCUGAGCCUCCUUUUAGAUUUUGUGCCUGACCUAAACAUCUAGUUUUAAUCCAAUAAGACUGUUACUGAUGUGUUGUUCACUUGUUAAUAACUGAGUUUUGUCCAAAUAGGGAAGCCACUUGUGCAGGUCAACGACAGUGUGUAGGAUUUGAUUUUAAGAGUUUAUCCCUCACAACAGGCUUAAGGAUCAGCAAGUUAAGACCCCAGCAGGUUAGGGAGGUCAACCUGGGGUCAUACCACAUGGCAGGGGUUCCUCGGCCAGACUGAUCGAAUCCUAAGACCUUUGCUGUCAUCUAGUCGAGUCCUCUCAUUAUUAAGGAGCAAAGUGAAACCUAGGGGAGAAGGACUUCCCUCAGGUUGCACAGCUCUUUAGGCUGUAGAAUACUGAUGUGUGAAACCAUUGUUGAUCAUGCCUAGUAGAUCACAUGUCAAUGAACUUGAACCCCAAAGAUGGUCUUGAUGCUUUGCCAAACCCACACACUGCCAACCCCGCUACUCUCCACCUCAGCCCCCACCACAUCUUCCAGAGUAUUGCAAUUCAGAACAUUUGGGUCAAUAUGGGGCAAGGCAUGGACAGUGGCCCCACAGGGCAUGUGUCACUGAUCACUGUCCCAUGGUCUAUGCACGGCGUCUGGCUGCUCUGUCUACUGUGACUUCUUCCUGUGUAAUCUCAGUGGGGCCAGUGUCCACCCACACAUCAUGACCCACAUAGGGGAGAGGUUCCUUUUCUUUUGUGGGCUGAGAGUAGGACAAUGCAAAUGAAGGAUCUCUAGUAGACAGAAAAGAACUUGGUCUCUUUUUUAUAAUUUCAAAGAGCCAGAAGUUCUAUGCUACCUUCAAAGUAGGUAGAACAACACAGCCGAGAUCUACUGUCUGCCGUGCUCCGUGCAAUGAAGUCUGCAGGCCUGAGGACCGUGCACUGCUGUCCUUCCUCAGAGCUCGGCACAAACACUGCCAAGUCUUGAAGAGGCAUUCCUUUCCUGCCAGCCUCCCUCCAGAUGGGCCCUUGAGGUCUUGGGCUGCCCUACACACACACACCCACUCACACGACAGAGAACACACCGUAAACAUCCUUGAGCCCAUGCAGGAAAGCCCAUCCCGUAUUCUGAAAAAAAUGCCAAAUUCGGUUUUUCUUUCUUUUAGAGAUCAGUCAUUACAAUAACCGAAACCACUGGGUUCAACUAAAACGGAAAGAUUUAGUUGAAUAUAGUCAAUCCAAUUAAGUUGGAUGCAACUGAGUGAUUUAGUUGCUCGGGUAACCCAGUGUUUGCUUGCUUGCUUCAUUCUCUGGGAGGAAACUAAGAUCAAGACACAUGUUUGGGGAUAGGUCUAAUGUCUGAGCUAUUUUGCUCAGCUUAUCCUAAGAGAACUUUAUUAUGGGAUGAGGAGGUGGCCCCGGAUCAGCAGUGGAGGGGACAGCGAUGUUUUCUAAGCAUCGUCCAGUGUUGGCUUCCUUCCUCUCCACGGUGAACACAACGAACCACAUUCAUUCAGCUUUCUGAAGUCCCUGCUCUCCGUGGGUCUCUGAGUCAGCAGCAACAUCGGCCUCACCUCCGUCCCAGCCUCCUGGCUCACCACGUGUGUACAGUGCUGUUUGCAGUUGUACUCAUCAUCCAUCCAUCUCUCCGCCAUCCCCAAGCCUCCCCAGGCAUAAAACGUGAAGUCUCCACCAACGCUGCUGUGUGUGGUCGUGUCUGAGGCCUUCAGGGGCUCAGUAGCCAUCGCAGAGGCCUGGAGGGCCUGGGCAGGCUUGACAAUGCCUGACCGAGUCCAAGACCCACUCCCUGUAGCAAUACCAAGUGCUAUUACAUAAUCGAUGGACAAUUUAUACUUUUAUUUUUUAUGAUUAUUUGUUUCUAUAUUGCUGUUAGAAAAAGUGAAAUAAAAAUACUUCAAUAGAAGAUACCCAUAUAAAAAAAAAA